CGUCUACCAUAUCGUGAUGGCGGUAGCCUGGUCUCUUUUGAAUUCCGCCCAGCUUUUCGAAGUUUACGUUGCGUCCGGUUGGUGAAAUGUCACCGUUUUCUGUCGUAAACACACAAUAAGUGAAGCGUUAUAAUGGACUCCGUCGUGGGGGAUGACGUGACUCUGCCCGUUGACAUCAACGGAAGCUGCAGACUGCCAGACUCCAUAGAUGCUGGUGAUUAUUCUACAGACAGCAUGACAGCCCCGUCCUUUCCUGAUAAGAUGUCACCAAGCAAAGCGCUCACCAUGAAGGACUAUGAGAAUCAAAUCACAGCUUUGAAGAAAGAAAACUUUAACCUGAAGCUGCGCAUUUACUUCAUGGAGGAGCGCAUGCAACAGAAAUGUGACGACUCCACUGAGGACAUAUUCAAAACGAACAUUGAGCUCAAGGUGGAGUUGGAGUCUAUGAAGAGGGAGCUGGCAGAGAAACAGGAGCUGCUAGUCUCUGCAUCGAAAGCAUUGGAGAGUCUGGCUGGUCGAGAAUCAGGAGAGCCCCAGCGUUUGAGAGAGCAAGCUCAGAGAGAGAUAGACUCUAUUCGAGAUGCAUUUAGCAAGAGGAUAGCUGACUUGGAACAAUGUCUGAGAGCAUCAGAGGGAGAGAUUGAGAAGAUGGCAGCUAUUGCCGAGCACGAAAAGCUUAAGAAUAUUAACAUGGAGAAGCAGCUCCAAGCCGUGGGUCCACAAAGCACCUUCACCCCUGUUCCGGCCCCCAGCCCAUUCCAUGACCUGCAGCAGGCCCUGCAGGAAAAAGACAAUAUCAUUGAGGAGCUCAAGAUCACUGUAAAGAACCAGGAAGCUUUAAUCCACCAGAAGAAAGGUGCAGACCAACAGAUGGAUGCACCAUCAGCUGACUGCGUUAAACAGUUGUCUGAUCUCAUUGCCAAGAAAGAUCAGGAACUUGAGGCACUAAAGGAUGAGCUACAUAGUGAGAAGGACAAAAGGACACCUGACCUCCAGGGAGAUGUUAGCCGAUUGGAGACCAUCACUAAGCACUUAACUGAAGAACUGAAGCAAACAAAAAGCACCAAUGACAACCUGACAAAAACACUGGAGGAUACUCAGAAUCAGUACAAGACCCUAACAGGAAAGUUGGAGGAGAAGGAGACUGAACUGAACUCGGAAAGGAAAAAUGCUUUGAAACGAGACAAAACAAUCCAGGGCCUGACUCAUGUCCUCAAAGAAAAGGAAAACGAGAUUGCAGAGCUGUGUCAUGAGAUUGAGGACAGGGAUGAUGCGUUAGCCAAGGCUAGAGAGGCAGCACAUAAAGCCCAACUGCAGAAAUACCAGGGAGCAGAGGAACACCAAAACCUAUUAAUGGCAAAGCAAACAGAGCUGGCCCAACUCCAAGGGGAACACCACACUAAGGUGCUUGAAGUUCAAAAGCUACAUCGUGCCCUGGACCGGAAGGAGCAAGAGCUGGGUGACUUGCAGCAGGCAAAGGACCAGCUGGAGGUGGAAAUCGAGGACUUGCAGCAACAGAAGAAGAAAGGAGACAAAGCACUGAAUGAUCUGAAUAAUCAGCUGAAAAAGCUAAGUGGUGAGAUCGGGGAGAGGGAGAUGGCUCUAGAGCAGCAGUACCAGGAGCUGCUGGAUCAAACCAAAAGAAAACUGCAGGCCCAUGAGGUCACCAUCCAGAGACUUACUUCUACCCUGGCUGAUAGAGAGCAGCAGCUACAGGAGUAUAUUAAUAUGGUAGGAGACUUUGAACGAAGCAAAAGCCCUGGGGGAAACGAUAAUGUGCUUUCCAAGCUGAGGCAAAGACUGAGAGAAAAGGAGAAGGCUCUGGAGCAAGUGCUUGAUGAAAAGUUUGCUGCCAUUGAGGAGAAAGACAAUGAGAUUCACCAGCUGCAACUGUCUCUAAGGGAGAAGGAAAGAGACCUGGAAAGGCUUAAUAACUUGCUCUCUCACAAUGAGGAAACCAUCAAUAGUUUUGAUAGUCUAAUCAAAGAGAAAGAUGUGGAGCUGCAGCAUCUUGCAAAUACACUAAAAAACCUGCAGAGAGCCAAGCAAGAUGUAGAAGAUAACCUUAACAGAUCACUGAGAGAAAAGGACUCCAUCAUCAGCCAGCUGCAGCUCUCUCUGGAGGGCAAGACAAAAGACAUGGAGGAAUUGGCCAAAUCAGUGCUGAGCCAGUCACAAACUCAUGCACAUGACCUUGCUGAACAGAUGGGCCAGAGGUUAAAAUUCACUGAGGCUAUGUUAGCUGAGGCUGUGAAGGCCAGGGAAAGCCUGAUCGCUGACAAUGAAACUGCUGUGGAAGGACUGUUGGCUACAAUUAGCAGCAAGGACCAACUUCUCAAGGAGUCUGCUGAACACUACAACCGCAUGCUGUCUGAGCGUGCUCAAGAGAUUAAAGAACUGAAGAAGCAGCUGUCUGACAGGCAGCAACAACUUGACAGUGCUGACAGGCAAAGCUCCAUAAAAACCCAGGAGGAUUGUUUAGAGGCUGCAAAACUCCAAGCUCUGCUUGCUGAAAAAGACAGCCUCAUCAACAAGCUGCUUCAGCGUGGUCGGGAGAGAGACCAGUUUCUGGCAGAGAUAAGGAAGAAGGAGGAGCAGGAUCAUGUGUUUGAGCUUAGACAAACCAUCCAAAUCAUGCAGGAGAAGUUGGAAGAGAGGGAAGCAGCUGAGCUGUCUAGAAGGAACAGUGAAGAUAGUGUGGAGAAUGUUCCACUCUCCAAGAAGACAGUCGUCAUCCUGAAGAAGGAGCUAGCACAGAAAACCGAGGCACUAAACAAAGCCCUGAAGAGGGAGAAUGAAUUAAAGAUCUCAUUGGCAGAGCUACAGUCAUUGCUGUCUGAGCUGGAGGGUCGCAGUGAAGGUCAGACUGCUAAUAUUGAGUCACUGACUUCCACCCUGAAGACAAAAGAUGAGAUAAUCAAUGUUCUUCACCAGCGUCUUGGACAAAGAGGAGAAAAUCAGAUUGAUCAGAUUGGCUUUGGCAUGGAAAGGUCAUUACCUGGGCUCCCACAAAGAGAGAGAACCAUGAUUGGUGGAGACAGCCAGCAAGAAGCUUUGCCCACCCUUAUAGCCCUGCAACAGGAGCAUGAUGCUUUGAACAAAGCCCUAAGAGCUGAACAACAGCUCUAUUCUAGCCUGGUCAGGACUGUCAAAGAGCAGGACAGUGCCCAGCGUCUCCAUGCUCUCCAGCUGGAGCUGACAGCAGUGCAGCUGCUUAGGCAGCAGCUUGAAGAGAGCAUCAAAACUAAUGAGGAGCUAAGGGAUGACCUGGAGAGAGAGAUACACCGAGCCAAACUCAGAGAAGGUAUGGACGUCAUUGAUCCUAAAGAACUUGAGAGCAUGAGACAUCAGCUGGAAGAUGCACAACGCUGGAAUGUCUCUUUGCAGGCUCGCUUAGGAGCAAUCCAGAACCGCGGUGGAGGAGUUGGUGGCACCAGUGAAGGUUGCACUAACACAAGUGACACUUGGAGUUUCAUUGGUGAUCAGACUUCCUACAUGAGUAUAUGUGUGGGAGAGGGGCAGGAUGACAGCUUGUCUCUACUCUCUCCAAAAGAGCUCAAGCAGAAGGUGUUGGACCUGCAGGAUUGUGUUAGCAGACUGCAGACUUUAAACAAUGAGCAGCAGCACCGACUGUCACUGUUGGAGAAGUCGGAGCAUGACACUUCUAAAAAGGAAGACAAAGACAUUUCCAGCCCCUGGAAACAGCAGCUAGAGAAGACGCAGGAAGACGCACAACUUGUGGCACACAGUGAAGGGAAGCAUCACCCUAGUAUGGAGAAAGAGAGUCAGACAGACAUGAAACUUGGAAAGAUCUUGAAUGAUGAGAGUAUGGACAGUGGCCUGGGACAGAGUAGAGAGCAUGCUCUAUCUGGCAACGCUUUGGACAUUGGAGAAGGAGAACAGAACAACAGAGAUGCAAUGGGAGUUAAAACUCUACUGAAUGAUUGUGGGGCUACAUCAGUCUCGCAACUAAGAGAGAUGCUACUCAGACUUAAAUCAGAAAAUGUGGAGCUACGGGGUCUCUUAAAAGAACAAAAAUCUACGGAGUGUAAAGAAAAAGAGAGCACAGAUACCUCCAGGCACAGCAGUGAUGGACUGGCUGACUUAAGACAGAAUGCAGAAACACUGCAGGUCAAGGUGUCAAAUGAAAAAGGAGAGAGGAACUCACAAGUCGUGUCACAUGGGAUGACCUCCAUCACAACAACAGAGUUGAUACUCAGCUCUGUAGAGGGGAUGGAGAUUUCACAAACUGUAGUCCAACCCAACAACAGGAGUGGAAAUCGGGUUGUUGCAAAGCAUGGGACUGGUGUUAAAUCACGUAUUCCUGUUCCUGUGAGACCGAGAGUUGAAGCAACCAGCAGCAACAGUGUGCCUGAAAGCUCUGAGCAACUGAGAACUGAUGCACUCCAGCACCUUCAUUCAGAUAAUGCCUGUUCAUCUAACCAGCAACUGCAUGCAGACUCUGACUUUCUGAUAUCACUCCAGCAAAGUACACUGUUGGACAAGGGCUCUGAAUCUGGACAGACUGAAGCUGACUCAACUGUUUUCACUCAGCUAGAGCUUCUGCACCAGGAGUGCCAGGAGAAAGAAACCCUGAUCAACAAAUUAACUGAGCAGCUUGCUGACUGGGAAGAGCUCCAUGCUCAGCUUCAGAAAAAGGAACAACUUAAUCACGAGUAUGUUGAGGCUUUACAAGCUGCAGAAUCCACAAUUGCUUACCUGACCGCCUGCAGUCUGGACAGUCAGGGAGGGUUUGGGUCACAGACCAGUUCAGGAACAGGUACUGUUUCUGUGGGUUCAGAUGCUGCCCUCCACAGUAAAUGCAUGGCUCUGCAGAAAGCCCUACAGAAUAAGGAGGAGGUCAACAACCAGCUUAUAGAGCUUCUGAACAUAGCAGAGAAAGCCAUUGUUUCAUCUGACAGCCAAGAAAAUAAUCCAGAAAUCCGUGAUCUUUGCUUGAAGAUAGAGUAUGUCUUAAACCAGGUUAAUGCAUCUCCAAAGAGAGGGAGCCCAAGAGUUAUUUGUGUAAGCUCUGGUGACUCUAUGGAGGAGUUGCAACGACAUGCUGACUCUUUGCAGGAGGCACUUUGGGAGCAGAACAGGCUUAAUGCAGAGCUGAAGGAAAAACUGAGAGCAACAGAUGCUGCUGAUCACCAGGGCUACAACAAUAAUAGUGCUGGCCAGGAUGGUAAAUGCUCAAAGGAGAUGACAUCAGAACUGGGGUUAGAAGAACACCAAGGGGCAACAGGAAGUUCUGAUAAUAAUAAUGGUUUAAAUGUGGAGAAGACCAAAUUUCUAAUGAACUGCUUUUGUGCAACAUCAUCUGCCAUUGCUUCUCUGGCAGAAUACUGUACAAUUCCAGGAUCCAUGACUUCUGCCAGAUCAUCAUUGAUCACCUCUGACCUGCAGAAGAAUUUGGAUGAACUUCAGAGAAUCUUACAGAUGGAAGAGCUGGUUGACUCCACCAAAUCCUGCUGUAAUUCUUCCACUUCUUCAUCUGGAACAAAGGCACAACUUCACAGAGACCCCCAUCAAAAUCUAUGCCUUCUCUUCAAGGUCUUCACUGACCUCUCCCACAGGAUUUCUGAAUUGCAGGCUUCCCUACAAGAACAGUGUCGUAAAGAGGAGAGUGAAGCCCACAGGCAGGAUGGCAAGGGAUUACCACAUGAUGUUCAAGUUCAGCUGGAGACUCUCCACAAAGCACUGAGGGAGAAGAAGAAAGCAUGUAAAAACCUGGAGCAGAAACUGGCCACUGCUCUCACCUCCCCUGAAACUGCCCGAAAAGCUUUGGAGCAGGAUGACAAAGGCGUGCAGGUGGAUUUGCAAGACCUGGGUUACGAAACCAGUGGCAAGAGUGAGAACGAUAGGGAAGAGAGCAGUAGCACAGAUCUAGAGGUUGGUGUGAAACCAAGUUGCAGUGCAUCGAGCCUGCCUUCCCUGCUCAAAAGUGAACAGACCACCUACUCCUCUACUGAAAACCUGGACUCUAACUCUAGCACCCCAUACCCUAGUUCCCCAGCUCUCAGCUCAGUAAAGGUCAGUCUGAAAAGCCUCCAGGUUUAUGAUGAGUAUGGUGUUUCUAAGGAUCCUCUGCAGCUUCAGGCACAAGUGAGAGAACUGAAGGUCCAGCUAGAAAACCAGACCAAACUCAUCCUCCAAAUGCGGAAUCUUCUGCGUAGAAACUCUCUCUCCAGUGAACUUGUUGCCAACACCUCUGAGCCCUCGAGUGUCAUCAGGGAACAACUAGGGACACAGGAGGAGGACCGCAGCCAACGUAAGAGCUACAGGAAUGGGCAGCAAAGGGACAAAAAGCUUGGAGAGAGCCAGGCAAUGAAGGAUAAUACAAGUCAUUUGAAUACAGAGCUGGAGAGACAGAGGACACUGGAUAGAAGCACAACUGAACAGCAAUCACAGACCUGCAGUGGCUCUACAUCACCUGCCCGACUGGACUCACUGGUACAGUCACAGGCCAGAGAGCUGUCACAACUGAGGCAGCAGAUAAAGGAGAGCCGUGGACUAGGAGCUCUGCAGCGUCGACAGCUGGAAGAGCUGAGCAAGGCCUUCAAGGAGCUGCUGCAGGCCAGUGAGGUUGACUUUUACAUGGGGGAAGUGGUCAAAGAGCAGCUGGACAAGAGUCUGAGUCUUGUGGACAGACUAGAGGGCCGGCUGCACAAAGGAGAGUCUCAUCUGGAUAAUGAGGACGUGGCAGCUCUAGAACUGUCUCGCAGGUUGACUAAGGAACUGCAGGAGAAGAACCGUAUCAUUCAGAGCCUGCAGAGCCAGUUCAGAACCAAAAGUCCAAGCAGCCACCACAGCUCUCACACUGAUCUGCACCACGCUGACAGGACCUCUUCCUCCUGUUGUAGCCCACAAGGUGGCAGUCGAGCUCAGAGCCAGAGAAAUUCCUCUGAUUGGAUGGGAGCAGCUGUCCCUCCUCCUGUAGGUGGAGUUCAGGUGGAAGGUGUGUCCAGUCUGCAGGACCUCCAUAGAGAAAACGAGCAACUGCAAGAUCAGCUGAGAUGCAGUGAGGUACUCAAUGCCACCCUGCGCAGUGAACUGGAUCUGCAUCAGUCAAUUAUGGCCCAGAGCAGCUCCCACCAUCACAGCGAGGAGGGGUUGGGACCUCAGACAGAACCACUUAAAGGAGAUGGAGACUCUGUGGCAAAGAAUGCAGCGGAUCAGCCUUCAGACUUAUUGGCAGAACAUCUUCACGAAAUACGAACUUUGAGACAACGCUUAGAGGAGAGCAUCCGCACCAACGACCGUCUCAGGGAACAGCUGGAGAAGAGGUUAGCCGAGGUGGAGAAAGAUCCAGCAGCUACCAACAUCUUCAUCCAUGGCAAUGAUGACCCCGGUCAUCUGGUCAAUGAGGUGCGAUUUCUCUGGGGACAAAAUCAAGCCCUGAAGGAACAGCUGAACAUGGGCUCAAGAGACAAGCAGAAGGAGAACGAGAAGCUUCGGGAGACUCUGGCCAGACGGACUUCCAAACUGGAGCAGAGCAGAAAGGAGUCUGAAGCACUGAGGCAGGAAAAUAGCCGACUUCAUGAGAGUCUGGAGCACAGCAGCCAAGAAAACUCAAAACUGCUGGAGUCGCUGAACUACAGCAAAGAGGAGCUUCAAAGGUACAUACACACACAGCUUAUGAUGCACACCAUGCAUCACUAUCACUGUGAGCAGUUGUGGACCACAGACAUCCAUACAGCACAAUAUAAAUGCU